AUGGGAGGAAGGAGUAUAUCAGACAACAUUUUGCUAGCUCAGGAGAUGAUGGGAGAUUUACAGCGGGCCUCGAGGAGGCGAUGUUUGAUGGCAGUGAAACUGGACAUGGAGCGUGCUUAUGACCGGAUCCGCUGGGACUUUCUCAGAUGGGCGUUGGAGAGUUUUGGUUUCCAUCCGACCUGGAUUGAUUGGGUACUUGGCUGCGUGCAGGGACCUAGUUUCUCCAUACUGGUCAAUGAUGACUGUCUGCUGCUUGCCAGGGCGAGGGCGACGGACGCUCAAGCCCUCCAGAGAGUGUUGACUGAGUACUGUGCGGCGUCUGGGCAGACAAUUAAUCCCCAGAAGUCAUCUAUACACUUUAGCUCGAGCACGGAGCGGAGGAUGCGACGGGAGAUUAGGGCGAUAUUGGAGAUGCAGGAGCAGGAGGGGGCACUGGACUACCUUGGAGUCCCCAUUACAGGAAGGAGGUUGCGGAGGGCGGAGUGCUCCAUGUUGGUGCAGAGAGUGCAGAGUAGACUUGAGGGCUGGAGGGUCUCAUCACUUUCUAUGAUGGGUAGGUUGACGUUGGUCAGGUCAGUUCUUUGUUCUAUGCCUGUUUAUCUUAUGGCCCAUACUGUUGUGCCGAAGACGGUGCUGGUGGGGAUAGAGCGGCUCAUGCGCCGUUUCCUGUGGGUUUCCUACUGGAGGGGCCAUGGGGUACAUCUGGUGGUCUGGGAGAGAGUCUGCCUGCCUCUAAGUGAGGGUGGUUUGGGGGUGCAGUCACUUCUAGUGAGGCGAGAGGCACUCCUGGCGCGGCGGGCAGUGCAGAUUGUUCUGGACCAUGCAGAUUAUGGAGUCAGGUCAUGA